AUGGCGGAGGCCACUCCGAGACGAGAGCUGCUGAUGCCCGGCGGGGCGCUGGUGCGCAUCAGGAAAACUGAACCGGACUGGAGCCUGACCGUGGCAGGCGACCUCGUGUACGACGUGAUACUAGGUCGCGACUUCACGUGCAUGCAUCGCACGGUCAUUGACGACGACACUGGCUCAUUCAAGAUUGGAACCAUGAGCGUUCCCCUGCCAAGCCGGGAGCAGGUUCGACCAAGACGUGCGCGAGUGCGAUUACUGUCGAACGUCGUCAUUCCAGCACGGUCAGAGUGCGUGGUAGCUGGUAAGCUGGAGAGAGUGGACGGCGUGCAGAGUGAUGAAAUGGGUGCAGCCGGGAUAUUCGAGCCAUCGACCGUAGCGGAGCGGGAGGGACUCCUGACUCCAAGGGCUCUGGUCGUUGCAGAUGACGACGGGUGCGUCUCGAUCAUCUUGACAAAUGUUGGGUCUGAAGAAGUCCGUGUUCUCAGAGGCAGUGACCUAGGGACAUUUUAUGAUGCCACAAACGAGAAGGACUGCGAGUACAAGUUGUGCCUGGCUGCAGACGGAGGCGUUGGGGACAUUGAUGAUGAUGACGUUGAUGAUGUGAGCUGCAGAACAGAAAGGCGUCAGAAUACGACGGUGACAGAAGUACUUGAUGUGGACGGAUCUGACUUCUCAGCGGAAGGAAAGGAGAAACUUAGAACCAUUCUCAGCGAAUAUGCAGACAUCUUCAGUCAGUAUGCGGGUGAUAUCGGCAAGACAGAUUUGCUCGAACACCACAUCGACACAGGGGAGGAGGCUCCCGUGAAGCAGAGACCACGGCGGGUACCAGUUAAACUCCGCGAGCAAGUCGAGAUGCAGAAGACGCAGAUGAUGAAAGAUGGAAUAAUUGAAGAGAGUACAAAGGACCGAGAAAAGACGGCGUUCUCCACGGGCAAAGGACUCCAUCAGUUCAGGGUGAUGGCCAUGGGUCUCAAAAAUGCUGGAGCCACAUUCCAGCGAUUCAUGGAACUGGUGCUUGCGGGUCUGGACUCGAAACGCCGUUAA